AUGGGUGUCGAUACCCGCAGGCCAGCAUUACCGGCACCCACAGAUUCAUCUGCGAUCGAAUCCAAUGGAGGUAGCAUUACACCUACCGAUCUUGCUACGGACCUCUCUCGAAGAACAGAUAAAACGUCCCAUACCGUACCUGACGACGGCAGACCAAUCACCAUCGCUACAGGCAAAAAGCGGCGACCAAGUGGCAAGCUGUCCAAGUCACAACAUCAUUCGCAAACCUCACUCCUGAUUGAAUACUUUGAAGGUGGGAAAGGCCAAGACAUUACCUCUAGGCCAAGUGUCCGUGUCAAGGUCCGCCCUUCGGCCUCCCGAAAGUCUGGUGAGAAAGGAGACGGUGAGAUUGUUGUCACCGAAGCUCACGGCUCGAGAAAACCUUCAUACCGUCGGCGCAUCUCACUGGGAACCGACUCGCCAAAACAGGCCGUUGACAUUGGCAGCGUCAGUUCCUUGUCAUCACUUAGCGAAGAAUCACGUCUAGCCCAUCGUGGUGCGCCCAUCGAGGUCGAAGUCCUGCCAAAGGAGGGAAGUGAGCGCUCUGGUACCAGCGUCUCGAAAACACCGCGGUUCAUUGUUCCUUCCUCUGAUAUUUCCUCUAUGCCUGCAGAUAGUAUGCUGGAAGGCAAUCCACCCCCAGUCACCACGCACCCUGAGCGAAGUCGGAGUUUGAGCAGAGAAGAGGUGGUCGAGCAUAGCAAUCUCAAGACGCCAACAAGGAGACGGAGUAGAAGUCUGAGCCGAGAAAGAUUGACCCAGAAAGUACUCGAGAAGUUAGCGAAUAGACCCCAAGAAGUCAGCAGCAGUAGUCGAAAGCGUCACGGAGAGAAGAGCAGCAGUCGGAGAGGGAGCAAGGAUCAUUCAGAUGCAGAUGCUCGUUCUCAUGGUCGUUUGUCUAGCAGGCAACGGGAGGAUGCGUCCGUCAUUACCGGUGCAGAGUCAAGCAUUCAUACAAACUCAGCACUAUCAGUCAAUCGAAAGUCUGGCGAUCAAAUGUCCUUCAAAUCCGGAACGUCCAGGUCUUCAGUCAACAAUCCAAAGCUUCUAGAUGCGUUCGAAGAUGUAUUGCGACGUGUUAUAAUGCCCGAGCUAAAGGAGCUGAAGAAGGACAAAAAGGUCGCCUCGAACCGCAGCAAGUUUGAGAAAAUCAUCGAUCAAUCUGACGUUUCCGGAAGCAGCGUCUCCCGCGAAGAAAUUCAACGCCGGGUGUCCAAGCAUGGCAGUGCGCCAGAAUUGAAACUCAGGGAUUCAGCUGGCAAAGGUUCUAGUGGAUUUAGACGGAGGGAGCGUAAGCGGAAAGAAGCUGACCUCGAUUCUCCAUCGGAGCGUAGUCUUCGGAGACGAGAAAGUGGUGACAGUCUUAGCCUUGAAGAGGAACGCAACCAACGAAGAAAAAGCAAAGAUCAGCAGUUGCGGAACAUGGCUGCCGGUGCGUUAGUGGGUGGCACUCUGACCGCUGCUGCUCUACAACAUCAUGAUUCACGCUCAAGUUUAGAUCGCCACGAGCGCAGAAAACAAAGCAAAAGUCGCAGCAGAAGCGCCAGUAUUGCUGAAACUGAGGAGAUCUUUGACAAGCAUGGAGUCCCCCCUAUGCCCAUGCGAAGCGAAAUUGAAACUGAGCUUACGCGAAGCUCCCUACUGUCCGAUCAGACCGCUACCGCGCCAUUUCAAGGGGAACUUCGCGCAGUAUCGCAGGGCUCUCCCAGAGAGGUUGUCUCUUCUGCGUCCAGAGAGACUGGAUCUCCUGCAUCUCGAACGCCAACAAGGACGCCGGUGGAUCUGAGAAAGGGACUUGGCACCUACCACGGUAAUCUCUCCAAUCGUGAUCUGUCCUCUUACAAUAGAGGAGCACAUGGUAUUCAUGACGAUCAACAAAUGAGCUUCGGAGAGGCAACCCCUACCAGCCCAACCAUUGCAACCGGAUCACUAGACACCCAACAUCUUCUAGCCGACGAAGAGCGCCAGAGACGGUAUGAGAGCAAUCUUCACCAUCAGCAUCCUAUCAGACGUGGACUCAGUCCAAUACAGAGCGUUGCGAGCUACAACAUGAGCGAGCCGAACCGCAACUCUUUCAUGCUGGCACGCAGUUCCAACUCGUUAGCCUCACUGAACAAAGAGCAACAACUAAAAGAAGAACGGUCUGUUGCUUCUCUUUCCUCUGCACCCAACACCAAUCUAGCCAGGACCAAACGACCCGAAGGAAUAAAUCUUGAGACUGGGAGCGUGAUCCUGGGCCAGCAUGACAGCGGAUCACAGGAUGACUCAAGGGAUAUCGACGCAGAUGCCUUCUUUGAUGAACAACACUCAGAGAAUGAAAGAUACAGGGAAUCUUAUGCAAGGAGCGAUCCAAAGGUUGAUUAUCGCCACCUCACCAACUUCACGGACGAUAGCCUUGAUGCGUCGUACCUCGAGAAAAUGAGUGUGCGUCGGCCGGUAACACGUGGUCAAGGAGCCAACCCAGAAUAUGUGCAUGCACCGCUUGGAGUAGAGUCUGCUGUCGCAUCAUUAUACGAUCCUUCCAUGGAGAGCGUUGGAAGUACGCGUUCUUCAGCCAUAAGUCAGGCCGAUUCGAUCGAGCGACAGAAGCGCGCAAACCAGCAAUUAAAAAGUGCAAAUUUGCAUGUCAGGGACAGUGGAAGUCCAUUGAAGCAGGAGUAUACGCAUGAUGAGAAAUCCUUCCAGCAGCGAGUUGGAGUUACCUCUCCCCCUCAAAGUGUCGCAUCCUCGGAGGACGAUCGAGAUAUGCCUCAGCUUGGAGCAAGUGCAGUGCCGGUGAGUUCUGAUCCAAUGCCAGAAAUCGGGGUCGAUCUCGACUCGCCACAAUCUGAAAUCACAACAAAUCCUUCUGUUAUCCAUGGACCAAUUGGUGGAUCCACACAUGGAAAUCGUGAUCAUUGGCCAUACAGUGCCACACCUCCAUCAAAGAACGGCUUAGUCUCACCUGCAAGCGAAAACCGUGGCCUUGGUAUGACUGAUGCUACUUUUGCAGGUGGUGCGCUUGGUGCUGCUCAGCUGGGAGCUGUCGCACGUGGUCACGAGGAACAGUCAAAAGACAUGCCCGCAGGUCUGAAUCUCCGUUAUGACACGAACGCUGCUCAAGGUGAAAAUCAAAUCCGUGACGCUUACAUGACUAACCCAGCAGCGCUAACACCGCCAAAAGACGAAGGCUACAUAUCUGCCGCAAAUCCUGGCACCUACUCUCCCGACCCGAAGGUCCGGGAACACGGAGGAUACAGUGCUCCAGUUGGCGGAACCGUGAGCCCAGCAUUUAGCGACGACCCUUUCAUAGCCAAACACAGCGGACAUCUCAGCACUACAGAGAAGGGCAUUGAGGGUAUUCAAUCCAAAGAUAUAGUGGCAUUAAUGGACCACCUCACUGUUCGAGAUGCGCGACGAAACGCACGAGACACCGAGAUUCUGGUGACGUUGGUUCGCAGUGCUGCUGAAAUGCGCAACUCAUUUGAGGAUAUGAAACGAUUCAUUGCCGAGCAAGACGACUUCAUCAUGGACACUGCCGACAAGCAACAUGAAAAGACGGUGCAAAAGGUAAUUAACGGACCGCGCCCACCUCCGGCCGUCAUGCCACUACUUCCAACCAGGGCUGCUUCCGAGGAGGAUGAAGAUGCUCCCGCCAAAAGGCGGAACGUAUUCAAACGUGCCCUUCGAGGUCUUGGCACCAAAAACACGGCCGAGCUUCAGAACAUAGAAGCGAUGCUGAUGCGGCUGCUUGGUGAAGUCGAAGGUCUGCGUGCUGGCCAGGAAGGCCGACCUGUCAACAGCAGGGCACAAAGUAACAGUGUCAAUUCCGUUGACAAUGCUCGAGAACCUACAGAUCCUGGAUAUGAACCCGAGGGACAAGCCGGUACCUCAUCCACCGGGGAUCGGUCUGGAUUCUUCUCAAACAACUCAUCACGUCAAGCUGAUCAUCGUGGCGGUGCAGCCGGCCACCGUGACUCAAUAAAUCGUGUGAGUACCGUCAUGGAAGGAGAUGAAGACCUAGAGAGCCGGAAGUCUGGCGAGAGAGAUGUCAUGGAUCAACAAUUCGCCAAUGGCAGAACAUUGCUGAGUCCAGACCGGGAAACACCAGAUGCUCAAGACACGCGAGGAGCUUCACCCCCAUUAAGGACCACCCCACGAAUCCAACCGCCCGAGAAUCGUGCUUUUAGCAAUGAAAACACACCGCAGAUGUCUACCGACGGCAAAUCCCAACAUCGCAAACAGAAAUCUUCAUCCUCAUCCUUCUACCCCAAAAUGAUCUCUCGCUGGUCGAAAACAACCGCGUCAUCCAUUAUUGAUAACUUCCGCGGCAAUGCGCAGGUGACACCCAAGUCACAGCCUUAUUCGCAAGUUUCUCAAUCAGGAUCCACUCCGCACGUUGGUGAAUAUGACUACGACCCACAAGAGGAUGCUCUUCGUACUACUCAUUCAUAUUUGAAUGAGGAGUAUGCUGGCCAAGAUAAUCGUCCUCCAUCACCACUGAUUCCGAGUCAGGUAUCUGACAACCCCAAAUAUCAUGCUCACCGAAACAGCAUGAACCUACAACAUCCUCAACCCAGGCAGGGGCCAACUGGCCGCUUCCAAAACCAUCUUGAGAAUGAAGCUCAGACCUAUACUGGUGAGCAAUUCUCUCCGACGUCUCAGAGCUCGUCCAUGUGGGGUCAUCAGCAGGGUAUCGUCCAGAGCAAUCCGCUGGUUCAGGGUAAUGCCAAUGCCCAGAAUCGAUAUUCCGGCUACUCUGGGAAUGACAGGCUGAGCCCCAUCUCCGACACGGGAUAUUCCGAGUCAUCUUCAGCCAUACUAGAUUUAGGACAAGAAGAGCAUGAGCAAAGCUUGAAGAGUGGUGCUUCCGCCAAUUCGGUCCUGAGUGCUUCUGGUUAUCGUCGUCAAAGAAAGCCAAGGGAUGAGGAACCUUUGGUACCGCAACGGCCUCCCAAACUUCCAAUGAGCCCUGCAGGAAGUCGACAAUCGAACUAUGUUGAUCAUGUCAGUGCAGCUAGGGCUGGAAGUCCAGCUUACGAUCAGAGCCCUGUAGCAGCACUUCGUUCCCCACAGAGCCAGACAAGGAAGCCUUCAGGCCCAAGGCCCCAGAGGAGUUCAGGUCAAUACAGCCCCGGCCAUCUGAACAACAUCAAGCGGACGAGGUUUAGAGGAAGCCCUAAUCAGGUGGAGACGAGUACCAGUUCAGACGAGUACAGAUGA